AUGACUCUUUACUCGGACCCUCCUCCAUGGCGCGCCUUCAGCUCCGACAAGCCGACCUUGCUGGUAUGUUGGUGGAUGACCAUCUUCUGCGUCGUCCUGAUCCUGCUGCGCGUGUGUGGCCGCUUCGUCCGGACCGAGAAGCUGUUCAGUGAGGACAAGACGGCCGCUCUGGCUUUGGUGCCGUUGUUACUGCGCAUGGGUUGCGUCCAUUUUAUAUUGGUUCAUGGGACAAACAAUGCCGAUCUUUCGUUUGUUCGGCUCUCGGAGGACCAAAUUAGGAAAAAGACAAUAGCGAGUGGCUUGGUGCUGCUCAGCAGGGUGCUUUAUGCCUUGACGCUAUGGAUUCUCAAAUACGCCAUUCUGGAAUUCUUCAAACGGCUCAACGUCAGCUGGGAGCGUUCGUAUGAAAUAACCCUCGUCUUCAUUCGGGUCACCCUCGUCACCACCUUCGUCGCCGUCAUCAUCUCCGACCUCGUCGAAUGCCGGCCCUUCCACAUGUACUGGCAAGUCCUUCCGGACCCUGGAGGUCAAUGCCGCCAAGGCUACGCCCAACUCAUCACCAUGGCCGUCUGCAACAUCAUCACCGACCUCCUCCUCGUUUUCUUCCCCAUCCCCAUGAUCAUCCGCUCCCAAAUGAGCCUGACCCGCAAGAUCCAGCUGGUCCUACUCUUCUCCCUCUCCCUCGGCGUCGUCGGCGUCACCGUCUACCGCGUCCCGCACAUCAUCCGCGCCCACGGCUCCCAACAAUCCCGCUCUUUAUACGCCUCCGUCGAACUGCUCUUCGCCACCGCCGCCUCCAACGCCCUCGUCCUCGGCUCCUUCGUCCGCGACCGCGGUGUCAAAAAGCGCAAGUACAAAUACGGCUCCAUCGCCGCCGGUUCUCUCGAGCGCUCCCCCGGCUCGGGUCCCGGCGGGGGCGCCCCCAACGGUGGCCGCCGCCCUACCCUGCGUCACUGGGGUUCCGACGAGGAUCUGGUCCGCGACGUCGGCUACGGCGUCAAGCCCGAUUUGCGCGAACGGCUGAUCCCCUAUUCGGACGGAAACGGCGGCGGUUAUUACACCCCUGCCCCUAUGGCCCAAAUUCACCACCACGACCGCGAUGCCAUCCACUCGUGGGAUUUUCCACCAUCUUCUUCAUCCCAGGCUCGCUCCUCCGCCCGUAGUGAUGACUACCUGAUGUCUAUGUCAGGCCAACCAAGCCAACCCGGCUCGCCGCGCAACACUACCCACAACGACCUCCCCAUCCUCUCCUCCCCCCGCCGUGUCUCUUUCUUCGACUACGGCGGUCUUCUCUCCGACGAACCCACCCGCGGUCGACGAGGAUCCUCCGCUUCCACCACCGUCGAGCCACCGCGCCCCAACACCGUUCCCGUGCCCGCCAUGCCCGCCAGUGCCAAUGGCUUGCGCCGAGGAUCGGCAGCGUUGCUGCAAGAUCUGGGAGGGUUUUUAUCUCCAUUGACGAGCAGAAGGAGUUUGAGUAGGGGACGAGGGAGGAGCAGGCCGAAGAGUACGAGUGAUUUGGAGAGCAUACCGCAGAUGGGAGAGAAUGGGGAGGGUGAUGAGCUGCCAACGUAUUCGUCGGAGGAGAGAAGGCUGAGGAGGUUGGGGCAUGGCCAAGGUCAGGGACACGACUUGGAGUUGGUGGAUGCUGGUGGGUUGUUGACGAACUUGGGUGAGCCGGUGAAGGAGGUGCCGCUGGUGGAAGGGCCGCCGAAGAGGAGUACGACGCAAUGA